AUGGCUCUGAAGAUCGACAUUAGUAAGGCAUAUGACAGGGUGGAUUGGGGUUUUCUGAAGGGUAUGCUCAGCAAGUUGGGUUUUGCGGAUAGAUGGAUCCACUGGGUGAUGAUGUGUGUGAUAUCGGUGAAUUAUUCGGUCCUAGUAAAUUCAGAUAGAGUUGGUCCAAUUCUACCAGGUAGAGGAUUGAGGGCUAACAUUGAGGAGGUGUCUCACCUUAUGGAGAUUCUCACGAUCUAUGCUAAUGCAUCAGGGCAAGAGAUUAAUUUAACCAAGUCGGAGGUGUUCUUCAGUCGUAAUCUUAGUAUUCCGGCCCAAGAGGAUAUUGCUAAAAUCAUGGGUGUCCGUCAUGUGUUUGGGACGGGUACUUAUUUGGGAUUGCCGUCGAUGAUUGGUAGACGUAAAAAGGAGACUUUUGCAUUUAUUAAGGACCGUAUUUGGAAAAGGAUCAAUUCUUGGAGAGGUAGAUCUCUAUCUAAGGCUGGUAAGGAGGUGAUGAUUAAGUCAGUGCUGCAGUCUAUUCCAUCUUAUAUUAUGAGUGUGUUUAUUAUUCCAGAUGGGGUGGUGAAGGAUAUUGAGAAGAUGUUGAAUUCCUUUUGGUCGGGGGGAGGUAGCAACAAUAAGGGUAUUCGUUGGAUGGCUUGGGAUAAAUUGUCUUGCCCUAAGAAGGAUGGUGGUAUGGGUUUUAGGGAUUUUCGUGCUUUUAAUGCCAAACUAGGUAAUAAUCCAAGUUUUGUUUGGAGAAGCCUUUGGAAAGCUAAAGAUGUGUUACUUCUGGGUUGUAGGUGGAGGAUUGGUGAUGGUAGAUGCAUUAAGUGGGAUGCACAUGUUGUUAACUCCUUGCUUGAUCAUGUAGUGGCAGGUGAAAUCCUAAAAGUACCUUUGUUGGAGAAAGUUGAUACGGGUGGGAUGGUGUGGAAGGAGGAAAGAAAUGGUGAGUAUAAUGAUCGAUCGGGAUAUAGGCUGUGGAUGACUGUUCAGAUACACCAGGUGGAUAAAAGAGUAGAGGGUAAUUGGAAUAGAUUAUGGAACAUUAUGGCACCUCCUAGAGCCAAGCACCUAUUAUGGAGGAUUUGUAGGGGUUGUUUGCCGACCCGUAUUAGACUCCGACAACACUAUGUUCAGUGUCUGGCUAUGUGUCAGACUUGUGAGAGGGAGGAUGAAGAGGGUUGA